CACACCGUACACCCCGGCGCGUUCGCUCCGCUCGGCAACAGCCAAUCGACUUGUGACUCCUGCACCUCGAGCUAAUCACUCGAAAUCCAGACUGUUUGCUGUCCUGGCUCCUCAGUGGUGGAACGAGCUCCCCACUGACAUCAGGACAGCAGAAAGUCUCUACAUCUUCCGUCGGAGACUGAAAACACACCUUUUCCGACUAUAUCUGGAUUAAAACACAGAUUAGCACUUCAGUGGCACUUAGAUAGCACUUACUUAUGGUACUUUUGUAGUUCGACUAUGUUGAGGAAAUGUUACUUCCUGUAUUCUUGUUGUUCUUAGUUUGUACUCUAGGUUGAAAUGCACUUAUUGUAAGUCGCUUUGGAUAAAAGCGUCUGCUAAAUGACAUGUAAUGUAAUGUAAUGUUAUUGUGUCAGUAAUGUUGUCAAUGUGCUACUCAGCAGUGGCAUUUGUUACAAUAUAUAUAUAUAUAUACAUACAUAUAUAUACGCAUAUAUAAAUGCCGAUUUUAUAUAGAUAAUAUUUAAUUUUAUAUUUCAAAUGAUUUAAUUAGGCUAUCAGGAAUAAUAGAGAAUGUAUAUAUUUUGUAAUUUUAUUUCCCCCGUCUGCUGCUCCUCCCUCUCGCCAGUAGAGGGCGGUAGCGGCCCUUUGAGUUGGUACGCCAACCGUCAAUAAACACAAGAGAAGAAGAACAAGUUCCGCUCCUUUUUUUUUCCCCGCGCGCGCAUCUUCAAGUGGUCCUGGAACACAACCAAUCGAACGUCCGCGAGCUCAAAGUCCGCGAGCUCAAUAAAGUGUCACGAGCCCGUUAUGUUAACAAGUAAGCGCCUCGCUGUUCACUGAAAACAUGUCAAAUCACGUAAACUGUGAAACGUCUGAGAAACACUACGCCGCGGAGGCUGACUGCGAAGAUGAUGCGGACAGCUCGGAGUCAUUCAUUCAGUCAUCGUUUAUAAGAGUUGAAUAUUACAGGUGCUUUGAGUACAGUGUGAAGUGGAAACGAGCGAUGUAUCCCGGACGCUCCUCCCGACCACCGAAGGCCGCCAAGAGGAGUCCCCGGAGAAGCCCGAGUCCGAGCGAAGACGUGAUCCAGCGCAGGAGUCGGGAUAAGAGACGACGGACGGGACCGAGGGAGACCGGCGAGGACGACCGCGACAUCAUCGACCUCAUCAACAGCACGCCUGUCGCCGAUGAUGAGGAGGAGGAAGAUACGUUUUUCGAGGUGACGGAUGGCGGCGUCGAUGAAUCGGAUGACGACCGCGGCUCAUUCUCCAGCAUCGCCUCCGGGCCGUCCGUCCUCCGUCACGGUGUCUCCACCGAGAAGCGGAGGCCUUCGCGGGGCUUGUGCUCCGCCUGUCGGGCCCUCUACCAGAAGACGAGAAAGACGAAGGCACCGAGGAUGAAUAAGCCCUCGGACAACGAUCCAAAGUCCCUGACAUGUGACCAGUGGGUCCUCAUCAAGAGCUGGAGACCGAGGAGGCGGCCCAACGCGAGAGGGAAGCUUUUGAUCCGUCUGCAGCUGGUUCAGAAAAGACUGGCGGCCAAGACCGGUGCACAGCGCGCGGGAGGAUCCUCCGCCUGCUUCAGGCCGCACGCCUUCCUCCAGAGGAACCUCAGACGGCAUGUCAGAGAGCCCGUGACGAGGAAGAGGAAGAGGACGAGAGGAGGUUCUCGGGGUCGCCGCCGCAGUGCGAGUUCGACGAGCUCUCCUGGACUUGAGGCUCGCGGUGAUCAAGCAGACACACAUUUGACUCUGAAGUUGUUUCCCUCCACGGUCGCCGUGGAAACCACCGAGCCAAUCGAGGUCCCACCCGAGCAGAAAGCGCCAAAGAAGACGGGCGGAUUGAGAGACUUGCUCGCCCAGCUGCGUGGCAACAGCAGCAUGAUCGUCAGGGAAACGCGCUAGCGCUGUGACUCCGCCUCUUUAAAAACAAAGCUACUUACAUCAUUUGGUAAAGUUCCACCUGCACGCACGUAAUUUAUUUUCUUGCUUGAAUUUCAAACUUGCAUUAAUUUAAAGUUUCAUUCAACAGGAUGAUUGUGAAUAAUUGAUUAUUAGUUUUUUAACAUUGAUGCUGUUCUUAGCCCAUCGCUAAAUAGAACUACAUUAAACAACAUGCUAAUGCCUGGAGGGUUUGAUGGAGUGGUGGCUUCUCACCAGAGAAGUGACACAAACAAUGUUAUGUUUUGUCAUUGUCCCACAAUGCAGUUUGAUUUCCGACAGUUCACGGUUGCAUAUGUUCCUCUUGGUAAGGAAUACCACAUUUAUAAUUGUGUAUAAUAACUGACAAAGUUAUAAAGAUCAACUGUGUAUAUCUAA